GCUCUUCCGACGAUCAUGCGCUGCAAUGCCGCUUUGCAUGUUCCCGUUGUGAGCGAGUAUGGAUUCGCCCUCCGCGAUUCGUCGGCGGAGACGUCGCCGCGUUGCCGAUGAGAAUCGCAAGAGAGCGCCACGAGCAUGCGAUCGCUGCAAGGCGCGGAAGAGCAAGUGCAUCGAGUCGCUCGCCGGCACAUGCCAAAGAUGUUCGUUGAACAAUCUGGCCUGCAGGUUCGAGAGGGAAAAGUCGCCGCCAGAUGCUGAACAGAGUCGACCAUCUCCUCGGGUGGGAGACCAGAUCACUUCAGCCCAUGCGGGAACGAGUCCAGAGGAAAACAUUGCUAUCGACAGUCGUGAGUCCUCGUAUUGCCGUCAAUGCUCCCAUGCUCACCAUAGUGCCGUCCAAGACCAGACGGAGAGAAUACUAUGGCCUCAUUUCCUCUCACGACUACGAGAGGCCUUCUCGUUGGACUCACAAACGGCACCAGAGGAACAGGAUAUGGUGGCAAUGCAAGCACACAUCACCCGUCCUACCAUCCUUCAGCCAGCCGAACUAUCCCGCUUGCGAGGCGUAAUAGAAGCGUUCCCUCCACGGCACGUGGCCGAAUUCCUAUUAUCAGUCUGCAUAAAGCAUGGAACGGACACCUUUUUUUACUUUGACCAGGCCCAAUUCUCGGUCGACAUUGAUCAAUUCUACACGGAUCCAAAUUCCCAUCUAAGGUCGGACUCCAGCUUCGUCUGCCUCGCAAUGGCUGCUUUCGCCCUUGGUAGCCAAUGGACGCUCCUCGAGCGACCCGACGGUCCAGCCCCGGGACCUCGCCCCGAUGAUGGUGAUCCUGGACGAGUAUUUUACAGCCAGGCCAAGACGCUGAUUCCUGACAUCAUUGAUCGGCCGUGUCUGCGAUCCAUACAAGCCUCGUUUGUCUUGGGCGUCUACCUAAUGCCGGCGAGUGCGAUUGGAUCGUCAUACGUCUACAUGGGCCUGGCCUUGCGUAAAGCGCUGGCAUUCGACCUCCAUCAAAAUACGGAUGAUCAGACUCUUGACGAACGUGAAAGAGAAGUGCGCCGUCGACUCUGGUGGUCAAUCUACUCCCUAGAGCGGUGUACAACGGUUAAAUUGAACCGUCCUCGGUCAAUAAAUGUCGACAUUGUCACCGUACCUCUCCCGUCGCCGCUGGCAUCAUUAGACAGCGCACAAACCUUCAACAACGUCCAACUACAGAUAGCCUAUGUACGCCUGAUUAUUAUAUUAGACCGAGCCGCAGAACCAGGAGAUUGGUUGACUGAUGCAACAAAGCCCACACGCUCUGCCAGCGCCGAAGCAGAGCUCAGGCAAUGGAAAAAGUCGCUGCCCCCAGAGUUUAAGCUUGAAAACAUACACCCAAAGGACUCGAACUAUCGCGCCGUGUUCCAUCUCUACCUAAACUACUACUACUCCUGGAUCGCCAUGGGGAAAGUCUCCCUCGUCACUGUUGCUCGGGCCAAGCUUCGGUAUCAUUUUGGCCGCGAGUCGGAACUGCCCCAGAUCGACGAUACGGUGGAUCAACUAUCCAAGUCCUGCUCCAAAGCUGGCAGAAAACUCCUACAGCUCUUUGAGAACUUGACGCGCACCGGAAACAGCACCCGCUUCUCCUUCACUGACUUCCAAGGUUGUAGUACCGCAGUCAUCGUGACGCUAGUGUCGGGCAUCCUCGAACGAGAUUCCGCUUAUGAAGCCCGCGUAGCCUUCGGUUUGGAUUGUCUCCGGAAUAUGGCUGCUGGAAACAUGACGGCUAAGAUGGGGGUGCGAUUCGUUGAGGCCCUGCAAUCCAUCACAAGCGAGGCGAUUGAGAAGCUAAACCAGACGUCUUCUUUUACGGGCAGUAAUCUGGUCAUGGAAGAAUCAACGUUGGCAUCUGAAUACAACCAAUGGGCUGAGUGGCUAGCAAGACAAGAUCGAUCGCAGCGGACUGACCAAACACCGUCUUCUGGAGACCAUCUCACAACAGAUACCGUGGUUCCAAUCCCACAAGCCCAAAUAUGGCCCAUCUCACAACCAAAUGCGGCUGGGCUUGCCUGGGAGUCUACAGGACGGGAGAUGCUUACGCCGGUAUCUCUUGUGCCACAGGUUGCGCAGCAAGACGCGACCAUGUCCCGACAAACCCCUGCGGCAGAUAAUGAAUUCCUCUCAGUCAUGUAUAAUGACGAGCAAACUUUCCUGAUGGGCUUGACAGGACUGGACGUUCUUGAUUUUUCUGGAUUUCCGACGUCGAUAUGAGAAGUACGUGCUCCGUCUCAAAGAGACCCAGAUUAUGGAGACCAUCGAGCUUGAGUUUUAUAUAGCCUCCUCAAUCUAUGCCGUGAAGCAAAGAAAUAAAGGAUAACUGGUGACUGGGGAGGGGCGGAGUACCAUGAGGAUAAUGGGAUCCAACGACCAACACUCCACUGUCGGGACUACGAUAGUCUUCGGGGACGCCUUAUUCCAUGCCGAGGUGACAGCACCGGACGAUUGUGUCGACAUAAUCUAGAUAGUGGGAACUGGAAAGGAUAGAAUAAUUACCUGCGCAAGUGUAUGUGCCAG